AAAAAAAACAUGUUUACCGAGGAAAAAAAGAAAAACACCAGCAAUGUAUCAGUAUUUGUCUACUGCUUCUUCUGUUUUGUUUUCGUUGUGGGGGUGGUAAGGUUUGCAAAACCUUAUUAUAACCUUCAAACCCUAAUGGAGACAGAAGCAGUAAUAGAAGAUGGAUUGUUGGACGUGGAGAAAUCAGGGAUCCUUCCAUUUCACUCCGGGAAUCACCACAAGCUCUCGCAAUCAGUAAGUGAAUCGACGAGAACUCGUCCUCCACUUUCCUACACUGUGAAGUUCGAGUCAUUUUCCAAUAUGUCCAACCUGGUCAAAAAUAACAGUGGCAAGUACGAGUCACGUCCUUUCUCAGCUGGUGGAUACAAUUGGACGUUCCUCAUCUUCCCAAACGCUGACAAGCCAGAGGGCAAGAAUACAUACGUUUCGCUUUACGUAAGAAUCGACAACUCAAGUCUCAUCACCUAUCAAAACGAAGUGUAUGCGUGGAUCAAAUUUCUCACCUAUAGAAGCGAUAAAGACACGUACGAAGAGCUCCAUGCGACUGAGGCACAGAGAUUUCAUUUGUUUAAACAACAGUAUGGAAUGCUAGAGUUUCGUCCUAUCGGGUAUUACACAAAUCCGGCAUAUGGAUACCUUUUCAACGGCGAACAAUGUGUGUUUGGUGUUGACAUCGUGGUUGCUAAACCAUCUGCCACAUGGGAAGAUGUCACUUAUGAAGAAAACAUCCGUGACCCUAUUCUCGAUUGGACAAUCACCGACUUCUCCACUCACAAUCAUGGCUCUUACUCUUCCGAUACGUUUUCUUCCGGAGGAAGCAAUUGGAUAUUAAAAGUUUAUCCAAAUGGAGUUGGGUCUGCAACGGGUAAAUCCUUGUCACUCUACUUGUUGAGUGCGUCAAACGAAAAUGGUUAUGUGAAAGCCAAGUUAAGAAUUAUUGACCAGACCGGAUCCAACAAUGUGGAUAAACAAGUGGAUGGAUGGCCCAAUGCACAAGAAAAAGGAUGGGGUAUCGACAACCUUAUACCUCUUGCAGAUCUCAAAGACCCGAACAAAGGUUACCUCGUCAAUGAUAUCAUCAAAUUUCAAGUCGAGAUCUUGGCCUUCUCUAGAACCAAAUCCAUCUCUAAAUAGGGCUUACGAUAAUCCCAAAAUUAUCACUUGUACGUGUGUUGUUUUCCUAUAAUCCAACGGGGAUAGUUCCACGGUGGCCAAGUGAAUUACUAUCACUAUGGAUCACUGUUUAUGUUUCAGUGCAAUAAUAAAGAGUCCGACUUUCUUUUUAUGUCAAACUUUUUUUUGUGUCAAACUUGAUCAACCAUAAAUCAAAAUAUCCAAUGCCGUGC